AUGACGGACCGUUCAGAUCUCACAGGCCAGUCUGAUCCGACAGCAUCAGUAGCUGCUGCGAUUGGAACAACCGCAACAUCUCGCUCAUCCGCUCCAAAGGUCCGUCUGAGCUGUGAAGCUUGUCGCCAGCGCAAAGUCAAAUGCGAUAAGUUGAGUCCUUGUACCAGCUGUGUGCGCUUGGGCUUCGUUUGCGUCCCUGUUGAGCGUGCUCGUCUGCCUCGGGGUCGCACUCGAAAAGCUCCCGAGCGAGCACAAGGCUCGGACAAGGAGCUGGUAGACCGAGUGGCAAAACUCGAGAAGCUAUUGAAACAGGUAGCAGCUGAGCGCGAUGGAGAAACUGCACAACCUCAGCAGGAAUCUCCUCGGUCAAUAGCUACCGCGGGUCGACCCCAGGUCGAACAGCACUUUGAAACCAAGAUGCAAGAGGUCGAAAGUUGGCGGGAUCAGAAUAUCCAAUCAAACACACUUGUCUUGCCACAUCGACCGCGUCCUUCUACGUCGUAUAUCGCCAGUUCAUUUUGGGAGGAUAUCAUGCAACAGACCCAGGAGUUGCGCACUGUUCUAGACGAUCGCUUGGAGUACGAACAAGCAGAUGAGGAGGCCAGAAAUCACCCUGGCUUUGGAGCGUCACUGGUGGGCUCGGAGACCUCUGAGAGCAUGACCGGCUCACCGCAAUCACAGAGAGGACUUCAGAUUCCGCCUCACGUGCGCCGACAGCUGUGUGAAAUUUAUCUGCGAAACGUGGACCCUGUAUUCAAGAUCCUGCAUCGGCCGUCAUUGCGCGCCUAUCUUUGCGACGAGCAGCCCUAUCUCGACUACGAACAGGAUCACCAGGCCCCAGUGACCUUGGCUUGGGCAGUCUUCUACGCGGCCGCAUGUACGAUCGACGACGCUCAAUGCCAACUGCUCUUCGGCAUGGACAAGAAACCGGUCACUGCUGAGUUACAGAGGGAGACUGAAGCUGGGUUGGUGAAGUCAGAUUUUGUAACUACGAAUGAAUUGACAGUGCUGCAAGCUUACGUACUUUCACUGGUAAGUCCUGUUUCCACUUCCAUCAAAGACAAGUCUCCAUCAUUCAUCACCGUUGCGCGACUCUGUCCGUUGUCUUCGAGCUACGCUAAGAGUGCACAGCUUGCGGCUCGAUGCCAAGACCAAAGCCGCCGAGUGUGGACAAUGAGUUCUAUGGCCCUUCGUGUGGGCCAGGCACUUUGCCUCCAUAUGCCAGUGCCUCCCUUCCAUGUCGGCCCAUUCGAGCAAGAAUUGCGGCGUCGUACGUGGCAAGCAAUUGGCGUGCUGGAUCUAGCCGCCUCUCUAGAUCGGGCCUCCGAGCCGAUGAUGCAAUCAGUAUGGCUGGACUAUGUCCUUCCAGCCAACAUCAAUGACGAGGAUAUCUGGCACAACAUGGAUGUGCAAUUUCAGGAGCGUCCAGAAACCGAGUUCACGGACAUGACACAGACUUUGAUCAUUGCGGCUGCACAGUCGGUAGCACGUUCGAUUGGAUUCACUGACUUUAUUGAACCGACGGUUCGAUCAUCUCAAAAACGUCAAGAAGUCCUCGCCAACUUUCGAAAAACGGCCAAUAAUCGAUUAGCAAACUGCAGCCGAGAAAGAUCGGCGUAUCACCUCUAUGUGUCCCGCAUCACCCACACUUUGUUUGGAUGGCUGCAAAUGGGCUGUGUCCGGCCCAUUCAGCGAAACAAGAACUGGAUCCCUCCUCCCGUCGAGGGAGAUGUUCUCCUCAGUCUGGCUGCUGAUAAUCUACAAAAACUGAUGGAAAUAGCCAGCGAUCCUGCAAUGCAACCAUGGAUAUGGUUUGGGUCUCUCUGGGUUCCAUGGCAUGGAUUGGCUGUCGCUCUCGCAGAGAUCUGCGUGUGCAAAGAUCCAGAAUCUCUCAUCAGACACUGGCCUCCGAUCGAGCAAGUCUAUCAUCAGUCGAGUUUUGUCAUCGCGGAUUCACAGCAUGGGAUGCUUUGGAAGCCACUCCAGAAGCUUAUGAAACAGGCGCGCGCUCAUCGCAAAAGUCUACUCGACAGCAACGCUUUCACGGCUGCAGAGUCGUACGCGUCUCCUCCUCAACCCCCUGUACACAGUGUACAGAAAUCGGCGCCUCUGCCCCUCGCCCCUAUCACCAGCCAGUACAACAUCCAGUCGACCAUGGCUGCGGAUACUGCAGGUCUUUACGCUCUUGGCCAGCAACAGCCGAAUGUCUUUGCUGUUGGUCAGCAAUAUGACACGUCUGCCUCAAUGGCAGCAACUGCCCUUACGUUGGAACCCUGGCCCAGUGUUUGGGACCAGUUGGACUUUAUGGGUAACCCAAGAAUGCAGGCCCAAGCCGAUAACAAUGCGUGGCUCAACUAUGAGAGCUUCAUUGGUGAUGUUUAUGACAGUGUCGAUUGCACGUUUCAGCCUCGGUGA